AUAUCUAAAAAUUAUGUACACACGUGGACAGUAAAAUUAAAGCUCAGCAACUACACGUCUGGGCAACUCUGUAUAAUUAUCAACCACCUGUGACUCUGUGAGUCUGUGACAUAUUUGAAAAGUGAAACAAUUAAUUGAUAAUUAAUACAAUUACCAAUAUUUUAUAGUCCGCCGCUACUAUUAGCAAUUUUUUUAUAUGUAGUAGCACUCUCACGAAUAUAUUUUAUACCUAUAGUGGGAUUAUAUAUAUACAUAAUAGGGCAACACAUUUUAAUUUGUUGUUUUAAAUUUAAUAAAAAAACAGUUUGCCGAAAAGAGAUACGUGACAUUAUUUCAAUGAAGUGGGAUGAAGGAUUUCACCUAAUAUUGCUUCUAAUCGUUUUUACCCACUUCAACAAUCACUAAAAUGAAGCCUUCAAAUGACGAUUCUGAUGAACACUCUAUCGGUGAUACAGAGUAUGUUCCAGAAGAGGAAGCAGUAGAGUAGAGUCUGAAAAGAACACUGAUAUCAACAACCCUGUAUUCUCUGAUGGGUAUUCUUCGUGGACUCCCUUCAUCCGAUGAAGUCCACGAAGAAUACCCAUCAGAGAAUACAUAGUUGUCGAUAUCAGUGUUCUUUUCAAACUCUACUGCUUCCUCUUCUGGAACGUACUCUGUAUCGCUGAUAUAGUGUUCAUCAGAAUCGUCAUUUGAAGGCUUCAUUUUAGUGAUUGUUGAAGUGGGUAAAAACGAUUAGAAACAAUAUGAGGUGAAACCCUUCAUUUCCUAACCAUAACAAUAAUAACUUGAUUGUGCAUAUUAAUUUCAAUCCAUCUAAACAUCGACCCGUAUAAACACCAGCCCUAGUCUAUUUACAUACUUCCCCUAGGCCCUAAUUGCACAUCUGGUUGGCUGCCCUCUCUUAUCUUCCCCAUCCACAUUUGGACCGACUGCCUUCUUGCUACCGACUGCAUCGCCGCCCUCUUGGUCUCUUCCCCAUCCUAUCCAUAUUCUGGUUCAAGAUGUCCUCAAAACGUCACUACCGUAGAGUGUUAUUUUCAGAAGGUGAACAUGCAAUUUAUAGAGAUAUGGAACUGAGUAUGUGCAACUGCCGAUGGAGGUUUCAGAAACCGUUUAGUUCGUGCUAGAAACUGCUUCAUCCCACUUCAUUGAAAUAAAGUCACGUAUCUCUUUUUGGCAAACUGUUUUUUAUUAAAUUUAAGACAACAAAUUAAAAUGUGUUGUCCUACUAUGUAUAUAUAUUAUCCCACUAUAGGUAUAAAAUAUAUUCGUGAGAGUGCUACUACAUAUAAAAAAUUUGCUAAUAGUAGUGGUGGACUAUAAAAUAUUAGUAAUUGUAUUAAACAUCAAUUAGUUGUUUCUUUUUUCAAGUAUGUCACAGAGUCACAAGUGGUUGAUAAUUAUACAGAGUUGCCCGGACGUGUAGUUGCUGAGCUUUAAUUUUACUGUCCACGUGUAUACAUAAUUUUUAGAUAUAUUGCGAAAUUAAGGAGUGUUCUGAUAUUGUUAGCAUUUUUACUCCAUAUGACACGUGUGCCCAGGAUGUGUUUUGUAGAUACCGUUUGGUUCCUUGGGCGGGAAUAGUUAUGGGGCAGACGAUAUCCUUUUUAUAUAUAUAAAGAUACUCAAAACUACUAAAUCCAAACAAAAUAGUGUUUCACACAUGGCAUAACCAACUUAAAAUUCUUUUAGAAUUAAGAUUUGAAUGUUAUUGUUGUUGAGAAUAUUUUAAUAAACAAAUGAUACAAAAUACAAUAUAUUAAUGUCCCGUGCAUCGCACGGGUAUAAUACUAGUGAUAAUCAAAUAGAUUAUGAAACAACGCACUUGAGUGAGACCCAACCCUUUUCCCAUCCUUCAAAGGCUUAUUGUGGGCUCUUCAUUCCAUUAAACUAAGGGAGCUUGAUUUUCAUUGAUGAACUCACAUUACCGACUAUUAUAGAAAGCCAAAUAUGUGAUACUGCUUAGUGGAACCCCUGCUUUGUCAAGACCAAUUGAGCUUUUUAAACAGGUAUGUUUGGACAAGUAACUUCAUAUAGUAAUAUUGUUGUGUUCGAAAUUGUUGUUUGCUGGCACUAAAAUUGUUGUACUUCACAGCUGGAGGCACUAUAUCCUGAUGUUUACAAGAAUGUUCACGAGUAUGGUAACCGUUAUUGCAAGGGUGGCACUUUUGGAAUUUAUCAAGGGGCCAAUAAUCAUGAAGAGCUGCACAACUUGAUGAAAGCAACUGUUAUGAUUCGCAGACUAAAAAAGGAUGUUCUCCCGCAGCUUCCAGUAAAGCGCAGGCAACAGGUUUUCUUAAACGUGGAAGAAAAGGAGAUGAAGUGUAUCAAUGCUUUAUUCCGUGAGGCAGACUGCAAGUUCCUUAUAUUUGCCCACCACCUACAAAUGAUUGACUCAAUACACCAAUAUUUGCUUAAAAAGAAAGUUGGUUGCAUUCGCAUUGAUAGCAGUACUCCAGCAUCAUCUCGACAAGCGUUGGUUACAGAUUUUCAGGAAAAAGAAUCUAUAAAGGCUGCUGUGCUAUCUAUUAAAGCAGGAGGUGUUUGAUUGAAUUUAACAGCAGCAAGCACAGUCAUAUUUGCAGAGCUAUCUUGGACUCCAGGUGACCUUAUUCAAGCAGAAGAUCGCACUCAUAGAAUUGGCCAGGUAUCAUCGGUGAAUAUAUACUAUUUGCUGGCCAGUGACACUGUUGAUGACAUAAUUUGGUAUGUCUGAUUUUAUUCAGGGAUGUCGUUCAAAGCAAACUGGAGAAUUUGGGACAGAUGCUCGACGGAGAAGAGAAGUCCCUAGAAGUAUCAGAACAAGGUGGUAACUCAAAUAAAAGUCCCAUGAAACAAAAGACGCUCGAUUCCUUCAUGAAGCGUUGCAACUCUUCACCGUUGGACAAUGAGCCUGUCCCUAAAUGCUCCAGGAAUUGAUAUCAAGCCUUAAUGCUACUUGUAUCCGAACAUAUUAGAAUGUAGCUACUGGUCUCAAGCCUUACCAGUUACCGCUACUACAUACAUAUUUUUGUAUCACCAAUUUUCUGCAUUUUUAUUAUAGUGUAAAGCACUAGUAUACCUCUAGAUAACCUUGGUAAAAAAAUUCAGUGGCACAUACCCACGUAUUUCCUACACUGGGCUUUGAUU